GGUGUAAGCUAUGCUGUUUCAAUUUAGGUUUUUCAUGCAAACCUCUCGUGUGAAUAUUGAAUAUCUGGCCCAAGAGACACUUGUUAGAGAUAAUUGAUUGACAGUGUUCUGGGUGUUGUCAAAUGCAUUAACUUAAGAGUUUGAUCCAAAUGACAGAGAAUUCAUUAAUUAUCAUUGUUGCACAAUACAAUAUUAUCAGAAAUACAUUCAGAAGACCAAUGAUAUUAAUUGUACAUGUCGCAUUAUUUUAUUCAAAUUCAUGAAUGAUUUUAGCACGCACUGUUUAGUUAUUCUCCGUCAUAAAAGGUUAAGAUAUUAGUGAAAACAAACACGGCCUGAUAGUAUUUUUCUCAAGUCAACAUCUUCACGGAUAUGAUUUUAAAUAAGCCCCAUUGUUCUAUAAUUAAUUUUGGACUAAGCCUUGGAGCAUUUUACAAGGCACAUGGGAUGUUUUCCUUUCAAAUUUCCCGCUUAGCCAAUAUUUCAGUGCAUAUCCAUUCUCAAUAGGCCUAUAAGACAACAAAAAUGUCCUCCCAUUUGCCCUCGAUAAAACGUCAAAUAAUAAUGAAUCAUUGUAUAAAUAAUGGUUAAGGGGGCGCAACUGCGCGCCCUUAUCUCUCGUCACCACAUUGCACCGGUGUUCAGCUCGUUCCCCACACUAAGCGCCACACUGGACAUGAUGUGGAAUUAUAUAAAACCUCACUUCCAGUUUCCACACAGUACGUCAGUGAAUCUAAAACCUCAGACAUGGACGACCCUCGACAAAAUGGCUCCACACAUACUCUAUCAACAAAACUCCGGCUAUGGUGACAUCAAGGAUUAAUAUCGCCAGAUGAGUGGGCUCUUUUCGAUGCUCAACUCAGUCAAUCUCGGAAAAGCCUACCAUUAAGCCUUUGCGUUUUUACUAGGCCAUUUCAUGCAUUUUUACGCACGGUCGAAUCUAUCGAAUAGCGGUUGAAAUGAUGGAAAAACGGAAACCAGAAUUUAGGCAUCUCAGUCCUAUUGUCAAUGGGUGCAAGUCCCCACAGCACGACAGCCUGACUACUUCCAUAACAGGUCGUGUCAGUGGGGAGGGGGGCGAAGCUGUUAGCGAGACACAGGAAAACACGACUGCGGCGUCGGGGGACUCAGCUGAGAGGAAGCGCGUCCCCAGGGAGCACUGCAACGGGACUAUCUUCAUUAAUGGCGUUUCCAAGGAAACGGCGUACCACAGCGAGCUAAAAAAGUUAGUACCGGUUAUCGAAUUGGCCAGGGGAGGAGGACCGGUGGAUAUAAAAGCUAGGGAGCAGACGGCAGACAUUAACCACAAGGUAAAGACCACGGAACUGUGCAGACCGCAGAUACCCCUUCCACUGGAUUCCCGGGACCCGUUGUUGAGCGAAACUCGAAUGGUGCAGUUGAGCCCGCUCGCCUUCCCUCUCCCUGCACGAGCGAUGCUGUACAGUAACUUUGCUCAACCACUCGCCACCAUGAACAGCUAUGGUGGCGAGACAGAACAGUAUGGCAUGUACCCCAGCCAUCGGAUCAAACGACGACCCGCGCCUUAUGAGAUUGAAAUCAACGAUGAUAAUGGCUCACAGCCUAAAAUUGUGCGGCGGAUCUUCACCAACAGCCGUGAGCGUUGGCGCCAGCAGAACGUGAACGGCGCGUUCGCUGACCUCCGCCAGCUCAUCCCUACCCACCCGCCCGAUAAGAAGCUCUCCAAAAACGAGAUCCUCCGACUGGCCAUGAAGUACAUCAACUUCUUAGCCAAGCUACUGGACGACCAGGAAGGUGUGGUGGGGGGCAGCAGUGGUGCUGAGGGGGCCUGGGCUCCCGAGGGCCAUGAGGAGAGCCUGGUCCGGGAGGAGCUCCUCCAGGGCAUGCUGUCAUCCAGCAACUCCAGCUGCGGGAGUCUUCUGGGAGGGGAUGGGAGUCCCGACAGCUACACCGAGGACCAGGACUCGUCUGUCGAGUCUCGAACGCAAACCUCCAGGGUUCUCCAUCCUCACUCUGGACUCCAUAUGGAUGAACACAACCACAGAUGACUCAGCAUUUUCCCUAUUUGGAGAAGAAAAGAAACAAUGUGAGAAGCAGGAGGUUGGCGAUUUGGAGCAUUUUUCCACCUGGGUAGAGAGGGGUCAAUAGGGUGUGUCGAAUGGUGAUGCAUUUGUGCUGUGUACAGAUUUGCUCUUUCUCUUCUUCCUGUUUCGCUCAAUGGCUCUGUCUGUUAUUGGCCAAUCCAGAGGAGGGUGUGUUCUCUGGUGGAACAUGUCCCAGCUGCUGUUGUAAGCAGGUGAUGGAUUUGGAAGUCAUGAAAGUACAAACUAAGUUGAAAAUGAAGAAAAUAUUUUAAAACAGUGAAGGUGUUUCUGGAAAAAGGCAUGAAAUUGCAAAAUGAUACCUUUUCUUGUCUAAGGUGAAAGUUUGUUUAGGUACACCGCUUGACUCUAAACAAGAAUGAGAACUGUGUUCUUAAGUACUACAGACUACUAAAUGUAAGUGACUUGUCUUCAUUUUAGGGUCCGCUAAAGUUCAUUUGAGUUCCUUUAGAACCUAACAUUUGGGGUUUAUCAAAUAAUAAUGUCCAGACCUGAAUGGUUUUCUUGAAGAUCACCUCAUUAGUUGUUGGAUGGCACAGUUAAUCCCCAGCACAAAUAGUUAUUCAGUGAGAUAACUGAUAAUAACCGAUAAUCGGUCAAGACAAAAAAAAGUGUGAGAUCUCAGUGUGGCUGUCAAUGUUGGGAGGAGAACAAAAUGUUUAAAAGUCUACUUGUUAAUAGGAUAUUCACAUAAACCACAUGGUUGCAACAUUUACCAUACAACAUGUAAUUGAGAUUAUAAGUACGACGCAAGUGCACACACACACACACACACACACACACACACACACACACACACACACACACACACACACACACACACACACACACACACACACACACACACCAUUCAAAGUUCACACAUACCAUUCGAAGUUCACACACACCAUUCAAGUUAACUGAGAGCCAAAACAAAGGAGGAAAUGAUUCCUGUCCAAUAACAGAACAAUAAAACAACAUUAUAAUAUCUCUGUAUCUAAAGAUAUUUAAAGACAGGUACAAGCAUUCCACUCUAGGUGUACAUAAAACGGACAAUGGAACAUUUUUUCAACUGCUUCUUUCCCUGUAACCACGGUACAUUGAGUUUAUCCUAUUUAUACACAUUCACUUCUUUCAUUUAUCUUGUAUUGAUAACAUUCAUAAAGGAAGUGUUUUACCACUGUAUUUAACAUAAUGUACAUGCUAUUUCAGCAUACUAUUGAGUAACCAGAAUUGGUACUUUUUAAUUCUAUGAUGUAUUACAUAUAAAGUUGUUAUUUUGUAGGAUAAAACCUUUCCAUCUAUAAAUACAUGCAAUGUUAUUUCCCAGAGAAUUGUAUGAAACCACAAAAUAAAAAAAAUUGAGAAA